GUGCCCCAUUUCUCCCCUUCCUUGAAGCACAUCACUCGAUCCCUCGACAUUAAUCCAAAAAAUUCCCUCGCAAAAUUCUCAAAAGCUCAUCGGCGAUGGAGGAUCUCAACUCAAGCAACAUCGACAGUGGCAACAAGCCCAGAUUAUUGCAGUUGUUUGUGAGGCUACUCGACGGCAAAACAAAAGCCCUGAGAUUCUCUGCCCCGCAGGUGUACGGCUUCCAGAUCAAGCAGCGAAUCUUCGAGGCGACGAGAAUCCCGACAAACGUCCAGCGCCUCCUUUGCAGCGGUUGCCAGGUAGGUGACGGCGCUUCGAUCUCGCAGCCUGAUGCCACGGUCCACCUUUUGUUGAGGUUGCGAGGCGGGAAGGGCGGGUUCGGGUCGCUGCUGAGGGGCGCGGCUACAAAAGCCGGGCAGAAGAAGACAAAUAAUUUCGACGCAUGUAGGGACAUGAGUGGGCGGAGGUUGAGGCACGUGAACGCGGAGAAGAGGCUGGAGGAGUGGAGAAUGGAAGAAGAGGAGAGGAAACUGGAGAAGAUCGCGGAGGAGUUCAUAAAGAAGAAUGCGAAAACGGGAAAGAAUGGGGCUGGAGAUGGGGAGGCCCAGAAGUAUGUUGAGAAGUACAGGGAAGAGUCCGCAAGGUGUGUGGAGGAGGUGGGCUUGGCGGUUAGGGAGGCAUGUGGGAGUUUGAGGAGGAAGGCCAAGGUGGCAGGGAACGCGCGGUCAACCGACACCGAGGGCAAGCGACUAAAGAUCUGGAUGGGGAAGGGAAAAUUGGCAGAGAGUGACAGUGAUGAUACAGAUGAGGAUAGCAGUGAUGAUGAAGGCAACAAGGAAGUGGAGAAAUCUGUUGUUUUGAAUGAUGGAAGUCAGUUGGAUUUAAACAAAGAAACUGAGGGCAGUUCAGGCUCAGUUACCGGAGGAAGACAUGAUGCAGAAUUUUCUGGUGGAGGCUCUUGUGAGAGUGGUUCUGAGGAAGAAAAAGAUGGUCUUCCUCAGCCAAGCAUGGAGUCUGGGAAAUGUUCUGGUGCAGAAUAUGUUUCUAAGGAAGAAAACUGUGAACCAGGAGUUCAAGAUAAAAAAGUAAGGCCAUUGACAAGCACAUCUAAACUGGAAGCAGCAGCAGUUGGUGGGCAUGAAGCAUGUGAGACAGAAAAGCAUGAAUCUGCUGGACCCACAUCUGAAAAUCCGAAUGCAGUAGUUUAUCAACCCUCAAAUUUUAUAACUUCAAGAAAUGGCGAAGGUGUUGAGAGCAAGCCAGCUGCUACUGAAGAAAGCAGUAACACUGACAUAAAAUCAGGAACUCACGAAGAAUGUGGUGAUGUUACAAGAAAGGAUGUUAAGCCGGAAAAGCCACUUAAUUUUGAUGAAUUUAAUUCUGCAGCAGAAUUGGAGAUCCUUGGCAUGGAAAAGUUGAAGUCUGAGCUGCAGGCACGUGGACUAAAAUGUGGAGGUACUUUGCAAGAGCGAGCUGCCAGACUUUUGUUGCUUAAAGCUUGUCCUUUGGAAGAGAUACCAAAGAAGCUGCUAGCAAAGAAAUAAUUGCCAAUCUAGCAUGCUUGCUUUCUAAUUAACGAGAAAUAGAUCAUAUUUUGUGUAUAUUUUUGAACUGUUAACAAUUGCCUAUGCCACCAUACUAAAAAGUUCUGGGGAAGCUUCCCUGCUGUGUGUUAAUGUGUAGUUUGCUUUUAUAUAUUAAUGAAGAGACUGCCAAAUCCUGAUGA